CCUUUUCCCUGACUGCAGUGUCGCUGACAGUCUAACUGCAGAAGCAACCUCUUGGCUGUAGCCUCUCUGCUGUUGACUUCCUCGAGUACCUUGGGCAAGAUUAUGUGGAUUCAGCAGAAGACUUGAGCGUAUCGCUGAAGAUAGGCAUAUUUGCCUCUUUGUGUUAGACUCUUCCCCCUGUUCCUGGAGAAAGGAUAGCUGUGAACAUGAUUCGAAUCGCAGCACUGAACGCGAGCUCCACUGUUGAGGAUGACUACGAAGGGUCCUUCAAAAGUCACAAGACACAGACAAAGGAAGCUCAAGAAGCAGAAGCUUUUGCUUUGUACCACAAAGCUUUGGACCUUCAGAAACAUGACCGGUUUGAGGAGUCUGCUAAGGCUUACCAUGAGCUGCUCGAGAUUCGUCUCCUGCGAGAGGCAGUUCUUCCUGGUGAUGAGAAGGAAGGGCUGAAACACCCAGGCUUGAUGCUAAAAUACUCCACCUAUAAAAACCUAGCACAACUGGCAGCCCAGCGGGAUGACUUGGAGACAGCCAUGGAGUUUUAUUUGGAGGCUGUAAUGCUGGACUCUACUGAUGUCAACCUCUGGUAUAAAAUCGGUCGUGUGGCAAUAAAGCUGAUCCGCCUGCCUUUGGCUCGUCACGCUUUUGAGGAAGGUCUCAGGUGCAAUCCUGACCACUGGCCUUGUUUAGAUAACCUGAUCACCAUCUUGUACACACUCAGCGACUACACAACGUGUUUGUACUUUAUCUGCAAAGCUCUGGAAAAGGACUGCCUGUAUAGCAAAGGCUUGGUGCUGAAGGAGAAGAUCUUUGAGGAGCAGCCUUGCCUCAGGAAAGAUUCCUUAAGGAUGUUCCUCAAAUGUGACAUGUCUAUCCACAAUGUCAGUGUGAGUGCAGCUGAAGCAGGCAGAAUCCUGGAGGAGGCCCUGGAGCUCCGCAGGAAAAGACAGGCCUUGCUGGUGCGUGACAGAGAGCCUGACCUCAGACUGGUGCAGCCAAUUCCCUUUUUCACGUGGAAGUGUCUGGGAGAAGCUUUGCUUGCCAUGUAUCACUACCUCACAACCUGUGAUCCUCCUCGGCCCAGCCUGGGAAGGAGAAUUGAUCUCUCCGAAUACCGAGACCCCGUUCAGCACCUGAUGCUUUCUCCUACCUCUACUCCAGUCAGUGUUAUCCAGCCAACUCCUGUCACCACUAAUCCAGUGGUGACAGUGCCAGAUCCUGUGCUGCCUUAUACUCCAACUACACCCAACUUCCCAAGUCACAGUCAGAAUUCAUUGGAACCAGGAGCUUCUGUAGGUGAGCAAGGUGACAUAGCUGCAGGUGAUAAAUCUAAGAAAGGAGUGAAGAGAAGGAGGAUUACAGAGGACUGUGGGGAAACAGCCAAAAGGAGAUCCGCUAGAGUGCGGAACACCAAGUGUAAGAAAGAGGAGAAGGUGGACUUUCAAGAGCUGCUGGUGAAGUUCCUCCCUUCCAGAUUAAGGAAAUUAGAUCCAGAGGAGGAGGAGGACCCUUUCAAUAACUAUGAGGUGCAGUCAGAGAUCAAAGAGGAGAAUUUCCAGCAUGUGGGGCCACACAGGAUGUCAUUUGAUUCCACAACAUUCAUGGAAUCUGAAAAACAGGAUGUUCAUGAAUUCCUGCUGGAUAACCUGAACAAUGGUGGCAUGUUGGAGCUGAUGAUGAGAUACCUGAAAGUCAUCAGCCAAAAGUUCCUGGUGAAGUGGCCUCCUGGCUUGUGUGAAGUGGUCCUUAGUAUCUAUACUAGCUGGAGAAAGCACAGUAGUAGCCUUCCCAAUCCAUUGCUGAGGGACUCCAAUAAUCAGCAUAUCAAGGAUAUGAUGUUGAUGAGCCUUUGUUGUAUGGAACUGCAAUUGGACCAGUGGCUGCUGACAAAAGGGAAGAGCUCUACAGUUUCUCCACGCAAUUGCCCUGCUGGCUCUGUGAAUGGGAAGUUUGGUCCUGACUUCCCAGGAACUCAUUUCCUGGGGGACCUGCUGCAGCUGUCCCUGGCUUCCUCUCAGCGGGAUCUGUUCGAGGAGAACUGGAUGGAGUUUGUCUCUCGUGUGUACUGGCUGAAGGCUCGCUUCAUGGCACUGCAGGGAGACAUGGAGCAGGCACUCGAGAACUAUGAUAUCUGCACAGAGAUGCUGCAGAGCUCCUCUACAGCGCAGGCUGAGGCCGGCAGUGAGGGCAGCGUCGUGAUCCGGUUACCGAACCUCCACGUUGACUCUCUUGUUUCUUUAGAAGAGAUUGAAAAGAACCUGAAGUCUCUGGAGAGAUGCCAGUCUUUGGAAGAGAUCCAGCGGCUGUACGAGGCAGGGGAUUACAAUGCAGUGGUGCAUCUGCUUCGCCCAACCUUGUGCUUCAAUGGCUAUGGCAGAGCAAAACAUCUGGACUUUGUCACAUCUGUGCCAGAGAGACCAGCACAGCUGCUUCUCCUGCAGGACUCCCUGCUCAAACUGAAAGAUUUUAAGCAGUGCUUUGAACACUCAGAGGUUGCCUUGAAUGAAGCAAUUCAGCAGCUGAUUAAUAUAACAACCUCUGCUAAAGAAGAGUGGGUUGCUACAGUGACACAGCUGCUCAAAGGGAUAGACACUUCAUUAUCAGCAGUCAGCAGCAUCCUGAGUGACUCCUCCAUAACACCCAGCCUGGUUCGACUGACAAACAACCUGAUUCAGAUCAUAGACUGCAGCAUGGCAGUACAGGAAGAGCCCAAGGAACCCUAUGUCUCCUCAGUGCUUCCAUGGAUUAUCCUGCACAGGAUCAUCCAGCAUGAGGAGGAUGCUUUUCGGUCCCUCUGCUGCCAGCAGCAGCAGACCCAGGGGGAAGAAGUGAGUCCUGAUACCUCCAUGCUGCCUUCUUCACUCAUGCUGUUGAACACUGCUCACGAGUACUUGGGAAGAAGAUCCUGGUGCUGCAAUUCAGAUGGUGCUCUUCUCAGGUUCUAUGUUCAGGUACUACAAAAAGAGCUUGCAGCAUCCACUUCUGAGGAUACUCAUCCAUACAAAGAAGAGCUGGAAACAGCCUUGGAGCAGUGUUUCUAUUGUCUGUAUGGCUUCCCUAGCAAAAAAAGCAAAGCAAGGUACCUAGAGGAGCAUUCAGUACAGCAGGUUGAUCUAACGUGGGAAGAUGCUUUGUUCAUGUUUGAAUAUUUUAAGCCUAAGACUCUUCCAGAAUUUGAUAGCUACAAAACCAGCACAGUUUCUGCUGACUUGGCCAACCUUUUGAAGAAGACUGCUACGAUUGUCCCUCGAACAGACAAACCUAUGCUGAGCCUGGAUGCUGUAUCUGCCUACAUUGAAGGAACAUGCAGCAAGGCCCCCUCUCUCCCGGACGGUGCAGACUAUUCCCCACCAGUGGUGACUGAGCUCUACUAUCUUCUGGCAGACUAUCACUUCAAGAACAAGGAACAGUCAAAGGCCAUUAAAUUUUACAUGCAUGACAUUUGUAUUUGUCCAAACAGGUUUGACUCGUGGGCUGGCAUGGCUCUGGCUCGAGCAAGUCGCAUCCAGGACAAGCUGAACUCCAAUGAGCUGAAAAGUGAUGGCCCAAUCUGGAAGCACUCCACUCCUGUCCUGAACUGCUUCAAGCGAGCCCUGGAGAUCGACAGCUCCAACCUCUCCCUGUGGAUCGAGUACGGCACCAUCUCCUACGCCCUGCACUCCUUUGCUUCCCGGCAGCUGAAGCAGUGGAAAGCAGAACUGCCCCCAGAAGUGGUGCAGCAGAUGGAGGAGCGCCGAGACAGCAUGCUGGAGACAGCCAAAGUGUGCUUCACCUCAGCAGCUCGCUGCGAGGGCGACGGCGACGAGGAGGAGUGGCUUAUUCACUACAUGCUGGGCAAGAUUGCAGAGAAGCAGAAGCAGCCUCCUGUCGUCUACCUGCUUCAUUACAAGCAGGCAGCUCAUUACCUGCAUGAGGAGGCUGCUCGCUACCCUAAGAAGAUUCACUACCAUAACCCACCAGAACUUGCCAUGGAAGCACUGGAGGUGUACUUUCGACUUCAUGCUUCCAUUCUGAAACUGGUGGGGAAGUCAGACUCUGGAGUAGAUGCAGAGAUACUGCUUAGCUUCAUGAAAGAGGCUUCUGAGGGACCAUUUGCUAGGGGUGAGGAGAAGAACACCCCAAAAGUUGCAGAAAAAGAAAAGGCUUGUAUGAUUGAUGAGGACUCUCACUCUUCAGCCGGGACAGUGCCGGGCCCUGGGACUUCCCUGCCCUCCUCCUCUGGUCCAGGUCUGACAUCCCCACCUUACACAGCCACUCCAGUUGACCACGAUUACGUCAAAUGUAAAAAAGCCAGCCAGCAGGCCACGCCGGAUGAGAGGAGCCAGGACAGCACUGCGGCGGUGUUGUCUGACUCCAGCUCCACACAGGACAUGUUUAACGAGCCUGCCAGUUCUCAAGACAGCCUCAGGAAGACUUACACAGAGAAGAGGAUUUCUACUACCUGUGCCGAUACCCUGCUGGCCGGCAAAGAGACCCUGGGAUCUGCAGAGGAAAAGAUUGCAGGGAAGUCGGAAGAGCUGCUGGAGGGCUCAGAACCCUACCCCCCUGCUGAGAAAAUUCUGGUGGAGCCUCAGUCUGCUGCUGGCAAUGCCAUCAAAACUGCAGCCCUUCCACCCUCCCAGUGGGACUGCAGAAGGAAAACUGAAGCUUGUGGAGAUGCUUCUGAAUUCCCUCACGGCCUCCCAGCAGACCUGGAGGAGCAGCGCAAGUUCCUGACGGAGCAGUGCAUUGCCUCCUUCUGCCUCUGCCUCAGCCGCUUCCCCCAGCACUACAAGAGCCUCUACAGGCUGGCUUACCUCUACACCUACAGCAGGACACACAAGAACCUGCAGUGGGCGCGGGACGUGCUGCUGGGCAGCGGCGUGCCCUGGCAGCAGCUCAAGCACAUGCCUGCACAGGGCCUCUUCUGCGAGAGGAACAAGACCAACUUCUUCAACGGCAUCUGGCGCAUCCCGGUGGAUGAGAUCGACCGUCCCGGCAGCUUCGCCUCGCAUAUGAACCGCUCCAUCGUGCUGCUGCUGAGCGUGCUGGCCCAGCUCAAGGACUACAGCACCCUGCUCAAGGUCUCAUCUAUGCUGCAGAGGACCCCUGACCAGGGAAAGAAGUACCUGCGUGAUGCAGACCGGCAGGUGCUGGCCCAGCAAGCCUUCGUGCUGACGGUGAAGGUGCUGGAGGACUCCCUCAGCGACCUGACGCGGGUGUCAGAAGAUCAGAGUUCCAAGUCUUCUAACCUUGCUUCAGGAAGGAUGACAACAGACGUCUCUAACAAAGCCAGUGCUGAAGAGGGGAAAGAUGUCCUGCCCAAGAAGGCAGCUUUAGCAGAUGGAGUUGUGCAUGGUACUGAGAAUGGAGUGAAAGAGGUGACCCAGGGACAGAUUCCUAAUGCUAUGGACUUACUGGAACAAGAGGACAAGAAUGACAAGGAAACUAAAGAGCUCCCUGGGCCUGGUUCAGUUGAGCCUAUGGAUCUGGAUGGAUAUUCCAAUGACCCUGAAAAAAUGGAUUCCUGCUGCAGGCGCAGUGAGCCAGAGCGGGUUCAGCCUGGCAGGAACUCAAAGGAGAGGGCUCCAGAGAGCAGGGCUCCAGAACUCUCUUUGGAGGAGCUCAGUAUCAGCUCCAAACAGCAGCAGCAAGCAGCUAAAGGACUACUUCAGGCAGCAGCUACAGAAGAACCUGUCCAGAGGUCGAGCAGGAAGAGGAAGUUGCUGGAGGAUGUGGAGUCCGGGAAGACUCUUCUGCUGGAUGCUUACCGCGUGUGGCAGCAGGGCCAGAAGGUCAUGGCCUAUGACCUGGGCAAGAUUGAGAAGAUCAUGUCUGAGACAUACAUGCUGAUCAAACAGGUGGAUGAAGAAGCAGCGCUGGAACAGGCUGUCAAGUUCUGCCAGGUGCAUAUGGGAGCAGCAGCACAGAAGCAGGCCUCAGCAGAGACGCCCACGACGCCGAAGCACCCAAAGGACACCAGGGACAGCUUCUUCCCGGUGCUGCCAGCUGCACUGCAGCCUGCCCCAGCCAGCACAGAGACUGUGGCUCCUGACAACCUCCUCAGGCUCAAUGAUCUGCAUUCCAAAUCCAAGCCAGCCUCUUCCUCUUCAUCCUCCUCCUCCUCAGCAUCUUCAGUACCUGCGUCCCAGGAGUCACACAGAGACACUGAGCAGCUCCGGAGUCAGAGUGCAGAGGCAGCUCCCAGCAUCAGUGACCUUGCACGGGAGGAAGAGGAGCUCGAAGUGCCUUUGGAGGGGCUGGGCUUUCAGCAGCAGGAGUCGCGGCUGUGCCAGCAGAUGCAGAUGGCCACUGUGGCACCAUCCCCAGAGCCUGCGUGCUGGCAGGUGGAGCCGGUGGCCAGCACCAACUCGGCACAUGUCUGCUCCCAAGCCUCCAGUUCCAAGCCUGAACUCAGCUCCACUUCACAGACUUUGGGAAGUCAGCAGAGCAAGACAGAUGGCACCCGAGUCAAAACUCGCAUUCUGCCCAACAUGCCAAAGCUUUUCAUCCCCUCAUCUGUCACCAAAUUUCCACCUGAGAUCACUGUCACUCCACCCACUCCCACCCUCCUUUCUCCAAAGGGCAGCAUUUCAGAAGAGACCAAGCAAAAAUUAAAGUCUGCUAUUUUGUCUGCUCAGUCUGCAGCGAAUGUAAAGAAGGAGAGCCUUUGUCAGCCAGCUUUGGAAAUCUUAGAGACCUCAAGCCAGGAGUCCUCACUGGAAAGUGAUACUGAUGAAGAUGAUGACUACAUGGACAUAUGAGUGAAUCCUGGCCAUCAUCAACACCAACCAUGCAACCAUUCUUCUUGCUGCCAGCGUCUCUGGCAGCCGAAACAUCUUCGCUGGCAUUGCUCUCCAUCUAACUGGCAUCGUUGUGUGCUUCACUUGUCAUUCCCUUUGUUCUCACCACUGCCACCUGUAUUGCCUUCAGACCCCUUGCCAUUCUCCCCAUCAUGGUGCUUGACAGACAGAAUGAUUCCCAGGCACUUCAUUCCUUUGGACCAUCACCUUGAACUUCAGGCAACACAAGGAUGUCCUGAGCUGCAGUUCAUAUUUCUCUGCUGUUCCUGCUCCUGCAGUCCGGAGUCCUGGGAGUCACUCCAGCAGCUCCCCUCUGUAGCAUUUUCCUCCUUUCAGUUGUCUCUUUGCAUUUUCCCUGGUGGUGAAGCUUUCCUCCCAGCAGCUCAGCAAGCUGAUGUGUGUCUGGCUGUGCCAUGAGCAGUCCAGCAGCUCCUUUCUAACUGAACUGAGGAGGAAAAAUUUGCUGAGCUGGGUGAGGCUUUCAUGGCAUCAAGAAAGUCUUUGGCUCCAUUGUGAGCUGAGAGUCUGUCAGCUCCUUGGCACUGGAACCUGACUGAGUGGCAGCAGGCAAAGAACCAACUUCUGCAGGCAGGCAGAGAGCUUGGCCUGCUGCUCCUGCUCUUUUACGCCCAUCUUUGAGGUCCAGCAGAAAUCACCUACCUGAGUGUUGGCUUAAAGAACUGAUCUUUCCAGAAUUGUCUUACAGUCCUUUCUCUUCUAAUGCCUUGGACAAGCAUUUUGAGUUGGGGGGGCAGGGAGGAGGGGGGGCUAGAAGCUAUUUUUAUGGUGGUAUUGCAAACCAUUUGAGUAAUGUCUGUUUUUUACAGAGCGGCACACAAAGCUGUUUUUUAUCUCUCUGCAGAGGGACUGCUCACAGUUAUUUAUAUGAGGAAAUAAUGGUAAUAAAGAGCCUUUUUUUUCUACUGAAUGUUAACUUUGUAAAAUACUGAGUGCAAACCAUGCAAAAAACACCCCCCAAGCCCCACAACAAGCCCAAGUCCCAGACUAUAUAUACACACACAUGCACCCACACAGAUAUAGAUGUGUCUGUACAUACAUAGAUGGAUGUAGAUGAAGACAAAAUGCAUCCAGCUUGCAGUGGUGGAUUGCUUUGUGCUGGGGGGUGGAUUUCUGUACAAAAGGCAGAGCUUUGUAGAAACUUUGGCUUGGGUUGGUUUGGUUUUCUUUUUUUUUUCUAAUAAAGUUGGAAUGGA